AUGGAGGUCAAGCUAUGGAAUGACAAGCGUGAAAGAGAAAUGUAUGAGAAUUUCUCUGAGUUAUACGCCAUUGUAAAGGCCACUGAGAAGCUUGAAAGGGCAUACAUUCACGAUGUUAUAACUUCAUCGGUGUAUGAGACUGAAUGCCAAAAACUCAUUUCCCAUUUUAAGACUUUGUCUUGCACUCUUAAAGACAUGAUCCCAAGCAUUGAGCGCUUUGCCGAUACAUAUAAGAUGGACUGCCCAGCAGCUAUAAAUCGACUUGUGACCACUGGAGUUCCUGCCACAAUGGAGCACAGAGCUGCUGCAGCUUCUUCCAUGACUUCCUCAGCUGUUGUUGUGGCAGAGUGCACUCAGAAUUUCAUUACGGCAAUGGACUCAUUGAAGUUGAAUAUGAUUGCAGUUGAUCAGGUGCACCCCUUGCUCUCAGACCUCGCAACAUCUCUCAAUAAGUGGACCUUUCUGCCACCGGACUUCUUGGGGAAGGUGAAGUUGAAGGAAUGGAUUGCAAGGCUAUCAAAGAUGGGUGCAACAUAUGAGUUGACAGAGCAACAAGCCAGGCAACUUCACUUUGAUCUUGAGUCAUCCUACUCUUUUUCAGCAGCUUUACCCAAUGCUGGUAAUUGA